AUGGCAAUCUUUAGCCUGUGGGUCAUCAACAAAGCUGGUGGCUUGGUCUACCAGCGCAAUUUUGCAGAUGGUCUUGCUCAGCUCACAUCAAACGAGUACUUAGUCCUCGCUGGCACUCUGCAUGGAAUUCACGCUAUCACAAGUCGUUUGUCCCCUGCUGGCUCAAGCUCAGGUGCACAGGUCAUUGAAGGGGAGUCGUUUAAGAUGACCAUCUUGUUGACCGCGACAGGAACCAAAUUCGUUCUUCUCACAUCCUUGGCAGAGGCAACAGCGGAUUCGGUUCUUCAGAGAGUGUAUGAGGCCUAUGCAGACGCUGUCAUGAAGAACCCAUUCCACACUCCGGAGAUGCCAGUUCGCAGUGAGGGGUUUGACACACAAAUUACAAGCCUUAUUGGCGCGGGACAACCAUGA